CCUGUUAAAGUUAUGCUGUCAGUUCUGACCGGCAGAUUUUGACGUUUCCCAAUUCCAAACAAACAGAGAUUUUGGGAUCUCCUGCAAAUUGGCCAAGAUGUGUAAAAUCCUCAUUUACGGAUGUCCAGCAGUACUGAAGCAGAUAGCAACAGUUGGUUCGGAGACUUGUGUAUCCUGUGCUCCCUGUGCUGAUACCUCUGCAGAUUUAACUGCUCUGAAGAAUGAAACAUUUAAUACUGAAAUCCUCAUAGCGCACACCCAGCUUCCAGAUUUUCACAAAAUAACUUUUAUUCAAUCUCCAAAAGAGGAGGAAAUUGCUGAAGAAGAUCUUUUUCCACCCACUACAGCGAAGCAGCAUGUCAAGAGUGAAUACUACGAAGAGGAACAGACACAUUUAUAUGAUGACAUUUAUGCUGUUGCAAUGGAUGAUGAUCCUGAUAGCUUCAAACCACCUCCAGAAGCACUGCUAGACGUACCAAAGAAAAAAAUCAAAAAGGAACACGACCCCCUGAAGAAGAAGAAAACAGCAAAAGCAGCAAAGUCACAGGAUUCAGAUGCACCACAACAGAAUAAAUGCCUGAAAUGUGGGAAAGUUCUCUCAUCGGAACAAUCCCUUCAGAGGCACUAUGAAUCACACGACAGGAAAAAAUUCACAUGUCCCGUGUGCCAGAAAGGCUUCAUAACGCAUGAACGUCUCGAACGACAUACAUUCCGGUAUCACAGCAAAGUGGGCAAAUAUCUCUGUACAUACUGCCCGAAAUCAUUUAAAUCUCAGUACUGCCUUGUCAUUCACACGCGCACGCAUACGGAUGAGAAGCCCUUUGAGUGCCACAACUGUGGCGGAUGCUUCCGUUCGAAAUCCCACCUAAGGGUUCACAUGAGCAGGCACAUGCACUGGGAGACGCUAAUGUGCAAAAUUUGCGGGAAAGUCUUCGCAACGAGUGACACGCUCAAGUACCACACGACACUCCACAGUGAAAAUGCAGCAAAAUUCGAAUGUCCCGUGUGCAGGAAGACCUUCUCGGCGAAGAGUUCUCGCGACCGGCACAUGGGAUCACACACAAAGCGCGAAAAGAAUGUAAUUUGCAGCAUAUGCAGCAAAGCUUUCUGGCGAAAGGAUCUUCUUCGGAUGCACAUGGCAACGCACACAGCUCCCAAAAAUCAUCUCUGCAGUGUCUGCGGUAAGACCUUCCUCCGUUUUGCACAAGUUCGAUUACACAUGAAGGUUCACACGAAGGAAAAUAAUCCUGAAGAUGGUUCGAAGCAGCAACCGAAGGUGAAGACAAUCAAGGAGGCAACAGUUGAGUGUUCUGUGUGCAAGAAAUACUUUACAACGAAGGCUUCACGUGAUCGUCACAUGUUGCAGCAUACGAAAACCACGAAGGAUUGCUUCUGCCCCGUCUGCGGGAAGGCUUUUCUCCGCAAGGAUUUGGUUACGGUUCACAUGAGGGUACACACGGGGAUUAAGAAGCACAAAUGCAAACUUUGUGGCAGAGGUUUCUCCCAGAGUGGCUAUCUGCCCAAACACAUGAAGGUCCACGCAAGACGUGGUGAUGUUAUUCCGGAUUCUCUUCUAAGUUAAUUUUUGUGCUUUUUGUUUGUUAAGGAUAUGAAUUAAGGGUUUAAAUCAGGGGGUAGACAAAGCCCUUUUUUACCCGAACACAGCAAAUAAUGGCGGACGGUUUGCAAAGAAAUUAAAGGAAGAAAAUGACGUCACUUUAUUUCGAAAAAGUGCAUCAAAAUUUUUGAAAUCAGUUUUAGUGCAUUAAUCUUCGUGAGACACCCCUCAAAAGCUAUCAAUCGAUAGAAUAUUAAAUUAUCUAUCCAGUGGUGGUGGAUUUUUUCAGAUUGAAGCAUUUUCCUGGGUGUCUCAGCGAGUGAGCAGUGAAUUCCUAUGGAAAUAGAGUUUUUGUCUACCCCCUGGUUUAAAUAAAGGAUGAAGUAGGAAAAAAGGUAUGAUGUGGUAGAUAAUUAAGAUUGAUUAAAAAUAAAAGAAUAAUAAAAAAA